AUGGAACCGGACGGCCUGACAGAGGUUCUGGAGAAACACAAAGCAGUGUUCGGGGAUGAUCGGGGUCAUCUCAAGGACAUUAAGGCAAAAUUUACUCUCACUGCUAAUGCAAAGCCAAAGUUUUGUAAGCCCAGACAGGUUUCCUUGUCAAAGAAGAAACUCAUAGAGACAGAACUGGACAGGCUGGAAGCAGAAGGAGUUAUAAGAAGAGUUACUCAUAGCGACUGGGCUGCACCUAUUGUGGCACCCUGGAAGAAAGGACGGAAGCGUUCGGGUUUGCGGCGACUACAAGACAUCUACGCGAGUCUCARCGGUGGCACAGUGUUCUCAGUUCUUGACCUGAAACAGGCAUACCUACAGAUGGAGGYUGACGAGGCGUCGCGCAAGUAUGUCACUAUCAAUACYCAUCGGGGGUUGUACGAAUAUCAAAGGAUGCCAUAUGGUAUAGCCUCUGCCCCAGCCCUCUGGCAGAGAGCGAUGSACCAGGUUCUACAGGGAAUAGAUGGAGUCCAAUGCUAUAUCGAUGACAUUGUUAUCAGUGGAAAGACGAAGGAGGAACAUCUGAUUACCAUGGAUAAAGUUCUAGAAAGAUUGGAGGAGAACGGACUUAGAGCUAACAGAGGUAAAUGCUCAUUUCUGAAGGACUMUGUUGAGUACUGUGGACAMAUCAUMUCAUCAGAGGGUCUGCGACAGUCCCCCAAAAAGGUGAAGGCAGWCGUCGACAWKCCUGUACCCAAWGACCUUGCACAGCUGCGAUCCUUCCUAGGAAUGGUGCAAUACUAUGCGCGGUUCCUACCGGACCUGUCUACUCACCUUGGCCCGCUUCACUGCCUCUUAGCYAAGGAUMAACCAUGGAGAUGGACARAGAAAGAGGAGGAUAGCUUCAGGCGAGUGAAGGACAUGCUCACCCARGACCAGGUCCUCACACACUUCAACCCUGACCUGCCUGUUGUGCUUGCUACUGACAGCUCGUCAUAUGGUCUCGGCGCUGUCUUGUCUCAUGAAAUGCCUGAUG